AUGACAGCACAAGACAAAGUCAAGGAGACAGUCCGCGAGGAAGCGCAGAGAGUGGCCGGGUUGGCACAAGAUGCUGCUCAAUCUGGAGCCUACCUCUAUCCCAUCAGGGGUAUCUUCUACUUCCUGUCGAAGCGCGAGCUCUGGAAGCCCCUCGUCUCCAAGCUGAUCCCCACCAUCGCUCUCGGCAUCACCACACUCGCCGGUGUCUUCUUCUUCGGUUACCUCCCUCAAGCCGCCGUCCUUGCCGUCUUUAACGGCCCCUUGGCCGCAGUCAAUGCCGCUCUGUUGUGUCUCAACGAGAGCAGCACCAUCUUCAACACCCUCUCCAAGACAUUCCUGGUCGAGGAAAGCCUGAUCGACACCUUCGACGGCACUCUCGUCGCAAAGGGCGAGGCCGAGCUCGUGUCCAAGGAGCGCAAGGUCGGUCGCGGCGGUGAUGCCAUUGGCCGUCUGGGCAAACUGGUCACCAAGCCAUUCGCCAAAUUCGCUCCCAGCGCCAUCAUCAGAUACGUCAUGUACCUGCCGCUCAACUUCAUCCCCAUCGUCGGAACCGCCAUGUUCAUCCUGCUCCAAGGCAAGCGCGCUGGACCCGCUGCUCACUCUAGAUACUUCCAGCUCAAGGGUAUGAACAAGGCUCGUCAAGAGGAGUGGAUUGAAAAGAGACAGGGCGCAUACACCGGCUUCGGCACCGUUGCUACCCUGCUUGAGCUGGUCCCCAUCGCUGGCGUCUUCUUCGCUUUCACCAACACCACUGGUGCCGCUCUCUGGGCUGCCGAUCUCGAAUCUAGAAGCAACGAGAAUCAGUCCACUGCUCAGCUCAGAGAUCAGUCGAAGAAGGCACGUUGA